AUGAUUGGUUGGCGAAGAGAGAGGUAAAACAGUAGACGUAGAUUAGUGUCCAAAAAAUAGAAAAGAAAUUGGGGGAGAAUUAAGAUAUAUUUAAAAAAUAAAAAAAUGUAGUACUACUUAGUUAAUAAGGCAAAUUUAAGAAGAAACAGAUGAAAUGAGAAUGAUUCUAAUAAUUUAUGUAAUAUAGUAAUGAGAUACGUGAAUGAUUGGUUGGCGAGGAGAGAUGUAAGAGGAAAUGUAGUGUCCAAAAAGGCAAAAAUAGAAAAAGAAAUUGGGGGAGGGGAAUGCAUUAAUAAAGCAUAAAAGUGUAACACCUACACGUACACAUUUGCUACAAAUCCAAUCCCAAUCCCAUUCCUUUGGAUACAGAAAAUGAGUUUGAAGGCGAAAAUGUUCGGAGCCUUGAGCGACGAUAUAAUCCUCAAGAUCUUCCACACUCUGGAAGAUGACCCUCGCCACUGGGCAACACUCGCUUGCGUAUGCACCAGAUUCUGCUCCCUCAUCCACACCUCCUGCUGCAAGUCCCUCUGCCACCGCACUAUCCCCUCCGAUCUCCUCCCCUCUUCAUCCACUUCCACCGCCGCAGAUUGGGCCUUUCUCCACAAGCUCUCCGUCUGCUGCCCCGGUCCCAUCCACGCUGGCCUCCUCCUCGAAACCUCCGACUUCGGCCUCCAACGGGAGCUCGGCCCAGACCUCCCCAUCACCCUCGCCACAGCACCCGCCGCCCCUCCCAUUCCCUCCAACGACGUUGUUUCCUCUGACUCCUACUGGUCCCUCUACGACGACCUUUACUUCGACACCGUUUACAAUCCCUCCGAGACCGAGACCGAAACCGAAACCGAGUCCGCAUCGCAUCCUGUAGAGUCUCAGCAAGCGCCGUUAUCGUCGGUGGUUGAGAAGAAGGAGUGCAACAAGAGGAGGAAAGUGUGCAGAUCAUCGCAUCUGGCUUCAGGGACUCGGAACCUGAGCAGAGAACAGGGGAGCAAGCUUCUUGCGAGACAGUUUCGGCAUGAUUGGCUGUACAUCUGUGAGUGGCCAGGGUGCGUCCACGUGGAAGAGAAGAGGAAUUACAGGUUGUUCAGAGGUGUGUUCAAGAACUUCAAGAGGAGCAGGGUGUGGAGGACCAUCAAUGAUGGAAACAGGAAGAGGAUCGAUCUUGGUUGCGCCUUCUGUAACUGUCAUCAGACUUGGGAUCUGUUGUCUGCGUUUUGUUUGAGGAGGGGCUUUGGCUAUCACGAUGAUGGUCAGCCUGUUGUUCGAGCUUUUGUUUGUGAAAAUGGCCAUGUCUCUGGUGCUUGGACUGAUGUCCCCAUCUACACUUAACUUUACUCAAUUCACUUCUUCAAUGGAUUAGAGUAGCAUUGUUUCCUAAUUCCUAUGCCCUUCAACUUACCCUUCAUUCUUCCUUCUUUUGUUAUUAUAUUGAAUCGAUAUAUUUUAGAGUUGUUCAGAUGCAUGGGACCCACUAGUCUUAUGUCAUAUUUCAGACGGAUUCAUAAUUAUGGUGCUUGUAAAUCUC